GGCUGAAAGCUUUGGGCUGCCGUAUUCGCUGUGUCCAUCGUUCCUCUGAAACGAUCCCAACCGCCACCAUUCCACCAACCCUAGGAAUCUCCCACGCAUGUCUUGUUUUGUCAAGAUAUUCCUGGUCCAGAAUCCCUCCCGCCUCAUUUUCAUAUAACCAUCUCGCUUAGUCUCUUGAAGAGUUUUCACUCACUCAACCGUCAUCAUGGCCACUGUCAACAUUCGUCGGGAUGUCUCCGAUCCCUUCUACCGCUACAAGAUGGAGCGCCUCCAGUCCAAGAUUGAAGGCAAGGGCAACGGUAUCAAGACCGUCGUCGUCAACCUGAACUCUGUCGCCCAGUCUCUCAGUCGGCCUCCGGCUUACGUGAUCAAGUACUUUGGCUUCGAGCUCGGUGCUCAGGCCAACGCCAAGCCCACCGAUGAUCGCUGGAUCAUCAACGGUGCCCAUGAUGCCCCCAAGCUUCAGGACUAUCUGGACGGCUUUAUCUCCAAGUUCGUGCUGUGCAAGAAGUGCAAGAAUCCGGAAACGGACGUCGUAGUCAAGGAUGAAAAGAUUUCCUUGGACUGCAAGGCCUGUGGACAGCGCUCCGAGGUUGAUUCCCGCCUGAAGCUGAGUACUUUCAUCCUCCGCAACGGCACCCACACCAAGGGAGGGAAGAAGGACAAGGCUUCGAAGAAGGCCCGUCGCAACAAGGAGAAGAACGGCACUGCGAAUGGCGACAAGGAUGGCAGCCCUGGAGACAGCAACAACUCCGAAAAUGGUGACGACGACAACGGCGAUGUCGCCCUGGAAGCAGGCAGCGAUGACGAACUGACUCGCCGCAUCAAGGCUGAUGCCAAGGGCAUCGAUGCCGAAGAGGACAUUGAUGACGAUAACUGGGCUGUCGAUGUGUCCGAGGAGGCCGUCAAGGCCCGUGCUAAGGAGCUUCCCGAUGAUCUCAAGCGCUCCCUUGUCCUCGAGGAAGGUGAUGAUGAGGGUGCUGACGGCCCCUCCGCCUAUGACGAGCUUGGUAGCUGGAUCCUCAACGCUGCUACUGAGAAGGGCGGCGUCACUGGCGUCAGCGACGUUGACAUCUACAUGAAGGCCAAGGAAUAUGGAAUUGAGAACAAGCACAAGACCGUGGCUGUCCUUGCCCAGACCAUCUUCGACGAGAAGAUUACCAAGCAGAUCCCUUCCCGUGCCGGCCUGCUCAAGAAGAUGAUCACCUCCGAGCGCCACGAAAAGGCCUUCCUCGGUGGAACUGAGCGCUUUGUUGGCAAGGACCGCCCUGAGCUCGUCGCUCAGGUUCCUGCUAUCCUGCUCAAGUACUACGAGCAUGACCUCGUUUCUGAGGAAACCCUCAAGGCGUGGGGCUCUAAGGCUAGCAAGAAGUACGUCGACAUCCAGACUAGCAAGAAGGUCCGCAAGGCCGCUGAGCCCUUCCUUGAGUGGCUCGAGAAUGCCGAGAGCGAGGAAGAGAGCGAGGAGGAUGACGAGUAGAUUAGGGGCCCGGCCUGCCGUGAUUGCCUGUCUGCUUGUAAACAAAUGUUUUCGGGACUCAAUUGAUUGUCGCGUGAUUGUGUCGUCUGUUCCAACUGAUCUCCGCUCUUUCCGGUUUGACAGUUUCGGUUUGCCUGCUGUUGCUUGUGUUUGGGUUUUGAAGUAUAAGAUCGAAAAGACUUGACAAAAUCACAUGGGGUUUUUAGCUAGCUGCCAAUCAAUCAUCGCUCACUCUACCCAACUAUUGCAUCU